AUGUGGUGGCCGUUCACGAGAAAAGAAAAGCCGAUUUUGGAGACGCCCGCGGUCGAUGACGUGAUUCUGUCCAUGGACAAGGAUCUGCAGCAGUUCAUGGCCAGCCAGAUCCGGACCACCACCGGAGUGUACACGCCCAUCGAGGCACCCGAGUACCAGGAGGAGAAAUCGAUAUCUGCCAACAUGGCCGAGACCGCGGGGGUUUCCAAGGCCGAGUCCAAGCAGAUGGUGGCCAACGCCGUGUCUCUCAACUGUCUGGACUUCCAGGAGGCGUUCCAAAAGUGCGCCAAAGAAAAGUACGCUGUGCAGUGCAACGGUCUGCUCAAACAGUUCCAUGAUUGCCUCACGAUCCAGACACAGACGUUCAACCAGCUCAACUACGCGCAGCAGUCACGCGAGGAGCAGAAGGAGAUGCGCAAGAAGGUCGAUAAGGCGUUCAUGACCAUGCGUCCGCAAACGGGCCAGGAGGGUGCUUACUUGACCGCUGUUGGGUUGUAA